AUGUCUCUAAAAGACGAAUAUCCAGAUCUAAAAGAUACUCAACACGAUCGUACGUUAGCAAAGAAGUGGAACUCCGAACGUUCACGUAAUCAACUUCAUAUUCACCAGCCAACAUUCACAAGCGGUGGAACUAAUAAUGUGAAUAUAAGUGAGGAUUAUCAAAAGUGGAACAUUCAACGCAAAAUCAAAACAAUUACAAAUGGAAAAAAAAUAAAUGAAUUUUUCUCCCAUGAUAUCACAUCAUCACAACUUCGUGAAAAUGACGAUACAGAUCAUGAAAAUGAUGUACCAACAAGUCCUUCACAAGAUGCACCCGAAUAUUUUGAUAAACUCGUAGAUAAUGUGGACUUAUCUUACAUUGGAGGGGAAGAAGAACCUUGCCACCAUCCAAAGCCUGGAGUUUCACUAGGAAAAACUUGGGACACUUUUACGAUUGAUGAAUUGACAUUGCAAAAUGUUUUGGUUCCCUUCUCCACCAUACUGGGGGUCUUUGACUUGACAGGAAAAUAUAAUUUUUCCACGAAAUGGAAUGAACUGUUUAAUGCUUUUCGACUUGAUGUAGGAUGGACAAUGGUCAAUUUUGACCAAUACGAAUAUGUCCUUUUUGAUAACAUGGAGGACUUGAAAGCCCAGCAAUCAUUACCUGUACUAAGUGCCCAUCUUACGAUAUUAGAGCUGUAUCUUGAACACCUCAAACUACCAAUUAACGAGGGAGAAUUAGUUUUGUUUUGUUGCCCCUGA